AUGUCGUCAACCAACGACGAGGAUCCCUUCCUCGAAGUGCAACGAGACGUCCUCGACCAGAUCGCAUCGACACGCUCGAUAUUCACAUCCUUCCUACGUAUCCGAUCUCUCGCCGCAUCCGACACGUCGCCUGAACUGUCCUCGGCGCGAUCGGACCUCGAAUCAGCCCUCUCGUCGCUGUCAGAUGACCUAGACGACCUGAAAGCGUCGGUGGAGGCCGUCGAGUCGAAUCCGUCGCAGUUUGGCCUGUCGCAGGAUGAGGUGGCACGGAGGAAACGUCUCGUGGAUGAGAUCGGCGGGGAGACGGAGGACAUGCGCGACGAGCUCCGGAAACAGGGAGGAGGAGCAAGCGGCGGCGGCGGCAAGGCCGCAGGCGGUGCAGGCGGAGGAAAUGACCUGCCGGAUCCCAACUCGUUUGCCGUUCAGGACGACUAUGACCCCUACGGCGAGUUCGAGCAGCAGCAGCAGCAGCAGAUCAUGCGUGAGCAGGACGCCCAGCUCGACGGUGUGUCGACCACGGUCGGCAACCUGCGCCGUCAGGCUGACGAUAUGGGCCGCGAGCUCGAGGAGCAGAGGGAGAUGCUCGAGGUCGUGGACCAGGCGGCCGACAGGGUCGGAGGCAGGCUGCAGACGGGCGUCGAGAGGCUCAACCACAUCGUGCGCAAGAAUGAGGAUACUCUGAGUAGUUACUGCAUCGGGCUUCUCAUCUUUGCGCUUAUCGUGCUGCUGGUGCUGCUGCUCAUGCUAUAA